AUGUCGGCCUCCUCCACCCAAAUGGACCCUGAGAUCUGGCGCGCCACCGCCGGCGCCUCCGUCCAUAUCCCCGCUGUCAAUUCCCGUGUGUACUACUUCCCUCAAGGCCACCUGGAACACUCCUCGCCGAUAAAAAAUUGCCACAUUUUUCUCAAAACCCCUUUGAUUUCCUGCCAAGUCCUCGAAGUAUCCUUCCUUUGCGACCCUUCCUCCGGCCAACCAUUCGCCAAAAUUCGUCUCCUUCCUCUUCAGUCACGUGGGCUGCACGUGGUCACGGAGAAUGCUGAGAAAAGGGAUAUGGAGGAGAGCGAUGUCGUUUCGUUUGCUAAGAUUCUGACGCCUUCAGAUGCAAAUAAUGGGGGGGGAUUCUCCGUUCCGAGAUUCUGCGCCGACUUGAUUUUCCCGCGGCUCGAUUUCUCGGCUGACCCGCCGGUUCAGACUCUUGUUAUCAAUGACAGUCAGAACAAUGCAUGGGAGUUUCGGCACAUUUAUAGAGGCACGCCGCGCCGCCAUUUGCUCACUACCGGCUGGAGCCGGUUCGUGAACAGCAAGCGGCUCGUUGCUGGAGAUUCAGUGGUUUUUAUGAGGAAAAAAUCGACUAGUGAGUUGUUUGUCGGGAUUAGGCGUGCGGUUCGGGGGAUUGCUAGCAUUUGGAAUUGUCCAGUUGCUGUGGAAAACUCGACAGUGAAAAGUGAGUACGGCAAUAAUAGUAAUGGUGGUGAUGGGAAGGAGAGAGAGGUAAUAGAGGCAAUUGAGACGGCAGAGAAGGGGAUGGCGUUUGAGGUGCUCUAUUAUCCGAGAACAGGGGUUCCAGAUUUUGUAGUGAGCGCGGAGAAAGUUGAGGACUCGCUUAGUUUCUCCUGGAGCGCAGGCAUGCGCGUUAAGAUGGCUGUGGAGAGAGAGGAUUCCUCGCGCACCACUUGGUUCCAGGGCACUGUUUCGUCAACGACUUCCUACAGUGGGGUGCAUUGGGGUGGUUCUCCGUGGCGCAUGCUUGAGGUGAUGUGGGAUGAACAUGAAGUCCUGCAGAAUGCGAAGACAGUAAGCCCCUGGCAAGUUGAAUAUGUUCUGCCCGCACCACAGAUUCAUUCAGCAUUUCCUCCUCUGAAAAAGUUCAAAGUCAGGCAAACUCCAGGGAAGCUACCUGAUGGAGAGGGAGAGAUCUUCAUCCCUACUGCGGAGUCAACCGACUUGAUGAUUGGACAUUUGAACUCAUCAAUGUUCAGUUAUAAUUCAUUUCCUGCUGGCAUGCAGGGAGCCAGGCUAGAUCAGUUUUGUGUAUCCACUUUAUCCAACUCCCACAGUGAUCAUUCCCAUCCAAUAUUCACUAAUUUCAUGAAGAAUGGAACACAACCAGAGCUGAAAAUCUCCACAGAACUAAAUAUUGGGAGUUCGCAUGUGGACAAUUUAUCACCUGAUAGUCAGAGCAGUGUGCACUUUUCUUGCACUGAGUUAGUUGGAAAACAGGGAUCUGUUUCUUCAAUCCAGUUGUUUGGAAAGAUCAUUUGUAUAGCAGAUCCCGUCGAAGCUUGUUCUGACAAAAAUGUUAGUUUAGCAGAAGGUGAAAGAAAUGGCUUGUACAGUGAGAGUGAUGCUGUGAUCGACAUGCAAGAUCCUUCUUCUACACGCACUCGUGCAGAACUUUUCCUUCAUUCUUAA